UUGGUUCGGACGGGCUCUUAUUAUUUGGGUUACCUUUUCUAGGGCGGUUUUCCACUUACGAAAAGUUGGGAUAUGGUCCAGAGUUAUUCAAACUUUAAGGGAGGUGUAGAGGGGGAGAGGUGAGGUGAAUGUACUGUGCGAGCAGGUGAGCUAAGAACGACAGGAAGUUAGUUGGUGUAGUUUGGCUACUUAUCAACACCAUCAGCAGCAGCAGUACCAGCAGCAGUGGCAGUUAGGCACAGCUCACGGAGGUGAUUCAUGCUAAAACUAGUAGUCGGAAGCCGUAGCAUGAUACACAUAUUUUUUUUAGAUCCAGUGUGAUCUACACUUUACGAUGGUAGCAUCAUCUCCGUGUCCGUCUCAAAUCCACGUCCAUAAAAUUGCUGAAGUGACAGAAAAAGAGAGUGCUCCUUACAGCAUGCAGGACCCAGAUAGGGAUCUUGUCAGGGUGAGGAGAGACUUUGUGGACAGGGUGACCAAAGAACUUAUCAAUCAGCUCCUGGACAACCUCUUAGAGGAUGGUAUCGUGAACAAUGGGGAGAAAGACUCAAUACUUGAGGAGAACAGCAGCAGAGCGAGCAAGGCACGCUGCCUCAUCGACACCGUGAGGAUGAAAGGAGAUGGAGCCAGCAGGAGGAUGAUCGCUCACCUUCAAAGCAGAGAUCCUACACUAUUCUCUGAGCUGGGCCUGUCCUGUGGUCAGACUGCUCCACCAGCUGCGGAGCCCCAGAUGGAGCAGGAGUGGUCAACCAUACUCAUCCCCACCACUGGGGCAUUCUGGAGGGAGAAACAGAAUGAUAAAAAUAUUUACCCUGCGACCAAAAAUGAUAUUAAGAAUCGUGUGGCCCUGCUAAUCACUAAUAUAAAGUUCACUGAUGAGAAAUUAAACAGAAAUGGAGCUGAGAAGGACGAGGAGAACACGGAGAAACUGCUCAGAGCUCUGGGAUACGAGGUGGUGAAGCACACAAACCUCACUGGAAAGGAAAUGGAGGAUGCUCUAAUUGAGUUCUCUGCACAUCCUAAACUCAAAGCGACAGACAGCGUGUUGGUGGUUAUCAUGUCUCACGGGAAACUGGGAGUUGUCCUUGGUGUCAACUGGAAAAAUAAGAUAUCUGGCGAUGAGAAACCAGAUGAGUUCUCCAUCAACGAUAUUUACAAACACUUAGGUUCAAAGCAAUGUCCGGCACUGCUGAACAAGCCCAAAAUCAUCAUCAUCCAGGCCUGCAGAGGAGACAAGGAAGGAUCUGUGUUUGUUAGUGAUGGUGCAGACACAGCUUUGGUCUGUGAUGAUGUCGCACAGCCAUGUCCAUCUGCGUCUGCCGCUGAAGAAGACAUAGAGGAUGAUAAUCUGCAAUGUGUACACAAAGAAAAAGACUUCAUUUCUCUUCUCUCCUGCACCCCUGAUACUGUCUCAUAUAGACAAAGAAAAAGCGGGUCUCUUCUGAUCCAGUAUAUUGUUGAGGUAUUCAACACUGUUGCACAUAAGGAUGACAUUGAGGAACUUUUCAGAAAAGUCAUGCAACGCUUUGAAGAUUUUUCUGUUGGCGCCAAAAGACAGAUGCCAACCAAAGAGAGAUGCACUCUUACAAAGCGCUUCUACUUCUUUCCAGGUCUCUGACGCAAAACUCAGCGCUGUUGAACACAGAUUUUGUAGCCACUGUAACUUGGUUGAUUACAAACAGACGGGAAAAUGUCUCAAUACAUUUAGGAUAAAGUAGCAUGAGCUCAGCCUGUCAGAAGGUCAGCCUUGUCCUGCUAACAAGCGGUGCCGUGAAGACUGUCACUGAACACACACAGUAUGAGCACAGAAGCAAAGUCUGUACACUUUCCUAAAGUUUUCCACUGAUUGUGCAUGAAUGAAAAUCAUGUAUGUAUUCUUCAUGUUUCCAAAGUCUUUCCAUUUAGCAUUUGCUCUUGUUUUUUUGCAUAUUUCCUCUGAGAUAAAGUGAUUUUACUGUUUCCAGCCUUAAUUGCCUUUGAAUUUUAAAUAUGUAUGGGGGACACUGCCUGGUUACUAUUUUAUGUUAUUAUCUGAUCUAUGUGUUAUUGUUGUUAACCAUGACUAUUUGUGACGCUUAACAAUGAUGGCUACAGUAGCUUUAUUGCUUUUGAUGUUAUUCUCAUUCCCAUAUUUUGCAACUGUGCUAUUGAUGUUAUUUCUUACCAAUUGAGAAAAAUCUUUUCAAAAUAAAAUUCUUUUAGUUA